ACGGCAACGCAACGGGCCAGGCCGCGGGAUCCGCCGGGAUGAAGCAGAAAAAGAAAAAUGGGAAAGGGGAGCAGAGCCAGGCCGAGCUGAUGGUGAUGGCCAUUGGAGACAUCAUAAAGCAGCUGCUGGAGGCCCACGAGCAGGGCAGGGACGUGGAUGUCAACAGAUUAAAGACCAGCACGUCGGCGCGGUACGGGCUGGCGUCGCAGCCGCGCCUGGUGGACGUGAUCGCGGCGGUGCCGCCGCCCUUCCGGAAGGUUCUGCUGCCCAAGCUCAAGGCCAAGCCCGUCAGGACGGCCAGCGGGAUUGCAGUGGUGGCCGUGAUGUGCAAACCCCACCGGUGCCCCCACAUCAACUUCACAGGGAACAUCUGUGUGUACUGCCCGGGGGGCCCCGACUCGGACUUUGAAUAUUCCAGCCAGUCCUACACCGGCUACGAGCCGACGUCGAUGAGAGCGAUCCGGGCCCGCUACGACCCCUUCCUGCAGGCGCGGCACCGGCUGCAGCAGCUGCAGCAGCUGGGGCACAGCGUGGACAAGGUGGAAUUCAUCGUGAUGGGAGGGACGUUCAUGGCCCUGCCCGAGGAUUACCGGGAUUUCUUCAUCAGGAACCUGCACGACGCCCUGUCCGGGCACACCUCCAACAGCGUGGCCGAGGCUGUCAGGGAAGACCCCAGAGAAGGUGAGUACGGAAACGCGAAUCCCCUGACGUGGGAAACACAACCUGGAUUCGCACCGGGACCGGGAGCUGCACCGGGACCGGGAUCGAGGACCCCCGGCCCGGCCGUGGACCCCGGAGCGGCUCCGACGUUCCCUGUGAUCGGGAAUCGCGGCCCGGAAUCACCGGAGCGGGCACGGGCUCGGGCGGUGACCUCGGUGGCCCCGGAAAGAGCGCGCACCUUCCUCCUCAUCCUCAUCCUCCUCCUCCUCCUCGUGCCCGACUUCCUCUUCCUCCCCCGGGCACGGAACCGUCGGGCGGCGGCGGCUGCGACACCGCGGGGACACCGCGGCACUGGCGGCAAUCCCGGGACAUCGGGGAGCUCACGGCAUUCCUGGGACAAUCGUGGGACUGAGACAAUUCCUGGGACACUCUUGGGACUGAGAAAAUUCCCGGGACACCCUCGGGACAUCCCCGGGACAUCCCCGGGACAUCCCCGGGACAUCUCCGGAACUGCCGGAAUUCCCGGGACACUCUUGGGACUGAGAAAAUUCCCGGGUCAUCCCCAGGACAUCCCCGGGACAUCCCCGGGACAUCCCCGGGACAUCCCCGGGACAUCUCCGGAACUGCCGGAAUUCCCGGGACACUUUUGGGACUGA